CGCCCGGUCCCGCACGCGUCGCGCCGCUGGUUUGCGCUGCAAAGGAACGCCCUCACACAACGCUUUGCCCUCGAACGCGGGCCGACGACCACCGCCGCGAACUUGAACUCGCACGACUCGCCCGUCAGAAGAUCACGACAAGCACACUGCGACCGCGCGCAGGCACAAACAACCAGCAACCAUGCAGCUCAUCUCUACUCUCGCCCUCGCCGCCUCGGCCUCCGCGCUCGUCGCGCCGGUCGCGCCGCAGACGUCCAAGGUCGUCCGCGCCGGCGCCACGCUCGACGAUCAGCUGAAGAAGAUCCCGGGCGUCUCGCCGCUCAAGAACGCCCCGGCCGACUACGGCUUCGACCCGCUCGGCUUCGCCAAGGUCUCAUACCCGCGCUUCGGCCUGCCCGACGACGAGCUGCUCCGCACGAACAACCUGCGCGACGCCGAGCUCCGCCAUGGUCGCCUCGCGAUGCUCGCCGCCGCGGCGUGGCCGAUCCAGGAACUCGUUCACCCGUCGUUGGCCAAACUCGCGGGCGCCCCCGAGCUUUUGUCGGACGGCCGCUCGCCCUCCAUCUUAAAUGGUGGCCUCGUCGCGGGCCCGGUGCCGGCGUUCCUGCUCGCGACGGCUGCGGCGAUCGGCUACCUCGACGUCCAGGCCGAAGCCAAGAAGGCCGAGUACCCGGCAGAAGAUUGGAUCCCUGGGUUCGGCGCCGUGUCUCUCAAGAUGCCUUAGAUAUCACCAGCACGCCAUCGACGCGGAGCCAAAAUGAUGUCCGCGCAGGUACUACGGCUUCGAUCCCCUGAACAUCGUCGGCGGCAUGUCGCCGCUCGCGAUCAAGAACAUGCAGGCGCGCUUCGGAGUCCGAAACACACUCCACGCCGUCGACGCGCCAGCUCGACGCCUUCCGCACGCAGGCCAAGGAGAUCAACAAUGGAAGACUCGCUAUGGUCGCCGUCGUCGCCUACGUCGUCCAGGAGGCCAUGACGGGCGAGCCCGUGACCUCCGUGAGCGAGCAGUUCUUCACGCCCAUCAUCUACUACCCGUGGGUCCAGCACCUCCUCACGGACGCGUUCGGCAUCGCGUCGUUCCGCUCCUAGGAAGCCCCCCUCUCUCGCGCGUUGUAAAUGUCCCUUGUCGUUACUCGACGAACGCGGGCGCGCGCGGCCGGUCGCACUGACUCUGGCGCGCGCAGCUCUUCGUGUCG